AUGGUCCCCGCGGGUUCCGCGCUCGUGUGCCCCGACUCCCCGAACUUCGUGUCGCUGCUAUCCAUGUUCUCCUCGCCCCACCCGCUCAGCUGCGCGGGCUCGCUCGCGGAUGGGCAGGAGGGGGAAGAGCAGCAGGAGGAUUCCAAGGCGGGGGUGCUGGUCAGGGGCGGGGGGGGCGGAUGGGGAGGGGGAAGGGGAGGCGGAAGGGGCGCGGGCGGUAGAGGGGGUGCGGGGCAGCUGAUGUGCGCUCCGCCGAGGAAUAUGCUGCAGGUGGCGGGGGGCGCGCGCGCGGAGAGGGUUCCGGGGCUGCGGGGGCGGAUAGAGAAGGCGUUGAGAAGCCUCUGCCAGAAACGCCCUUCCGCUCUCCCCCCUCCCCUUUUCUCCCCCACCCAAACACCGCAGUCGCGAGGCGAUCUGCUGGCGCAGGUGUGGUUCCCCACGUGGCACGAGGGGCAGCGCGUGCUGAGCACGCGCGAGCAGCCGUUUGUGCUCAUGGAGGGCAGUGAGAAGCUGCGCGUCUACCGCACCAUCUCCACCAACUACGCUUUCCCAUUGUCCGGCAGCGGGUACCUAGGCCUACCAGGGCGAGUGUUCAUGUCCGGUCGCCCCGAGCGGACGCCCAAUGUGCACUACACAUUUCCCCUCUCUGGAAGUGGGUACCUGGGUCUACCAGGCCGUGUGUUUGUGUCGGGUCGCCCCGAGUGGACGCCCAACGUGCAGUACUACUCGCGGGACGAGUACCUCCGCGUGGCCCACGCCACUCGCUGCAACGUGCGCGGGGCUCUGGCUGUGCCCAUUUUCCGCGUGCUGGGGAAUGAGGGGAAGGGGAAGAGGAAGGGGAAGGGGAAGGGGGAAGCGGGGGAGGGGGGUGAGAGGGCGAUGCAGGGGUGCAUAUGGUUUGGUUUGGGGGUGCAGUCUGCUCUGCUGCAGGGAGGUGCAUAUGGUCUCUGGGGGAGGAGGAGGCAGGAGCUGGUGGCGGUGGUGGAGCUGGUGAUGAUGGGCGAGGACGUGCGCUUCGGGCCUCAGAUCGAUGCCGUGUGCAACGCACUGCAUGUGAGGCUGAGGUUGAGUGCGGUGCAGAGGCGUGCAAAUGGUGUGGGGGGAAAUUCUCUGGUCUUGAAAGCAGGGAGCGGUGGUGGAGCUGGUGAUGAUGGCGAGGACGUGCGGUUUGACCUGCAGAUCAAUGCCGUGUGCAACGCACUGCAGUGCGGUGCAGAGGGGUCGAUGGGGAUGGGGGGUGUUGCAGAGAUGCCCUUUCCUGGCCGGGGUGCAGUGCUCACAGAGAUACACGAGGUGCUCUCCUCACUCUGUGACAAGCACUCGCUCCCCCUCGCCCAGACCUGGAUCCCCUCCUCCUGGGUGCGCCUCACCGAACCUCCUGCCGCACCUGCCGCCAAACCUGCGGCUCGGGGGUGCGCGGGGCCGGUAGGGGCGAGCAUGCGGAGCAGUGUGGGGGCGGGGUGGAGCAUGCGACGAGAGGGGGCGGGGCGGGGAAAGGGGGCAGUUGACGUGGGGAGCUUACAGGAAGACGUGUUUGAAGUGUUUCAUGUUGGCAGAGAGGGUAGAGGAGGAGAAGGAUUGGGAAGAGGGGGGGAAGGAGCGGGGAGAGGAGGGGUAGGAGACGGGGAGGAGGAGCAGGGAGGGGAGCAGCAGGGACGGGAGGAGCAGGGAGGGGAGGAGGAGCAAGGGGAGGAGGAGGAUGCAGUAACACUCUUCACAGCGGACAUGCCGAGCUGCGUGGCGGAUCUGCGCAUGUGGGGGUUCCGCCAGGCGUGCUGCGAGCACCAGCUGCAGGCCGCCCAGGGCUGCCCCGGCCGCGCCAUGACCUCCAACGCCCCCGCCUUUUGUGACGACCUGCAGCUUCUCACCAAGGAGCAGUACCCUCUAGUGCACUACGCGCGCAUGUUUGGGCUCCGGGCGGCUGUUGCCAUCCGGCUAAGAUCUGUUUUGUCUAAAGAUAUGGACUAUGUUUUGGAGUUUUUCCUGCCGCCGGGGUGCAGGGAGAAGGAGGAGCAGCAGCGGUUGCUGACGCAGCUGUCGCAGAGCAUGCAGGAGGCGUGCCGGAGCCUCAGGACGGUUACUGUGGAGGAGAUGAGGAGGAGUAGGUCCGGGAGUAGGUCCGGGAAGAGUGGGGGUAGUCGAGGCACAAGGUCAGGCUCGGGGACAGGAGGGGCGGAGGCGGGAGGAUCGGUGGCUGGUGGGUCCGUGAUGGGAGGUGGCGGGGUGGAGACGAGGGAGGGGCCGUGGGGGGGAGGGAAGGGAAAGGGGUUGGUGGGGGAAGGUGUGUCGGAGGGAGUGAGUGUGUUGAGGGGUGUGGGGGGGAAGGGGGCGAGGGAGGCGGCCGAAACUCCAGAGAAAAGAGGUAGGGAGGUGAAGAGGAGGCGAGUGGAGGGACAAGGGGAGGGGGAAGGUGUGAGGGUGUGUGAGGGCGCGGGUGUUGGUAUGAGGGAGACUGGAGUGGGGGAUAAUGGUGUGGGCGAGAGCAGUCCCUUUGAAGCCGCAGCAAUGGCAGAGCUCUGUGAAGGUUCGGCAGUCACGCCAUUGGCUCACGGUGUGCCACCUGGCACUGGCACAGCUGACGUGGCGUUUCCACUGGGGAACAGUUCUGCUGCGGGGCUUGGGGUGAAUGGAUUAGGGUGUGGGGAGGAGGGGGACCAUGGGGGCGUGGGGAAUGGUGCGGGCAUGAGCAAUGGUGGGGAAGUGGGGAAUGGUGAUGGGAAUACGGGUAAUGGUGGUGGCGGUAUUGGGAAUGCUUGGGCGGAAGGUGUUUUUUCCGAGCAGCAGCAGCAGCAGCAGCAGCAGCAGGGGGAGAUGGGAGCAGCCCCAAUUACACUUACGGGUAUGGGAACGGGCAUGGGAACGUGCAUGGGAACGGGCAUGGGAACGGGCAUGGGAACGGGCAUGGGAACGGGCAUGGGAACGGGCAUGGGAACGGGCAUGGGAACGGGCAUGGGAACGGGCAUGGGAACGGGCAUGGGAACAGGCAUGGGAACAGGCAUGGGAACAGGCAUGGGAACAGGCAUGGGAACAGGCAUGGGUGGUGGCGGCAGCCUCAACAUCAACGCAGGUGGGAUGGGCACAAGCAUGGGCAUGCAGGCCAUGCCACCUCUACCUGAAGACGCUUUCUCAGGUGAAAGCUCAGGUCCUACACCCAUGGUCUCUGCAGCUGCCGGCCCUGCCGCCCCUGCCGACCCUGUGUUGGGCAGCAGCGAGGCGGCAGCUGCACCUGCUGGCCAAUCAGGUGCCCCUGCCACGUCAGACAGGAGUGGUGACAGCCUGGAUGAAGGGGGAGGGGCGCUGGAGGGGACUCCAGACGGGGCAAGCUCGGGGCAGCCUUCAGGAGGGGCGGAAGGGGGGGCGGAAGGGGGAAGGCAGGGGGGUACGCGUGUAGAGGAGGAUGUGACAGGGGGAGGGGGAGGGGGGGAGGAGAGGGCGGGAGGGGCGGAGGGGGGGCCGAAAGGGGGGGUGAAGAAGGGGGAGAAGCGGAGGGGGGGGACGAAUGAGAAGAGCAUCAGUCUGGGCGUGCUGCAGCAGUACUUCGCAGGCAGCCUCAAGGACGCCGCUAAGGCACUGGGAGUGUGCCCCACCACACUGAAAAGGAUAUGCCGGCAGCAUGGAAUUGCCAGGUGGCCAUCCCGCAAGAUCAACAAGGUCUCGAGGAGCAUUCAGAAGCUGCAGGACGUGAUCGAGUCUGUGCAGGUGCCAGCUGGCGCGCUGCGAUUGGACGCCAUCACGUCUGAGCUGGCGACGGCCGCGGCGGUGAAGGCGGUCACGGGGGCGCAGAUCGGAGGGUCUGCCAACUCGCCAGCAUUUUCAAACCCAGCUUUAGCGGCAGCAGCAGCAGCAGCAGCAGCGGCAGCAACAGGGGCCGGGCAAGGGCAACAAGCACAUGUUCCAGGAGGUUCCACUAUACUCCCAGCUCCCUCCUUUGGCUUUAACUCCACCUCCUUCCAGUCCCUCCCUUGGCCUGGCAAUCGCCAUCCCUCCAUGCUUGACCCUAUGGUCGGAGGCUCGGCACACGGACCUGGAGGUUCGGCUCACGGGCCACUGGCCACGGGAGGUUCAGCGCACGGACCACUUGCCAUGGCUGGAGGCUCGGCGCAUGGGCACUUUGCUGGAGGGUCGGCGCACGGCCCGUUUAUGGGCGUGGGAGGUUCGGGGCACGGAGGAAUGGCGUUUGCGGGAGGUUCGGGGCAUGGGGGGGUGGCGUUUGCGGGAGGUUCGGCACAUGGAGGGAAUGCAUUUGUGGGAGGUUCAGCCCAUGGCGGGAAUGCAUUCGCGGGAGGCUCGGCUCACGGAGGCAUGGCGUUUGCAGGAGGUUCGGCACAUGGGGGCAAUGCGUUUGGGGGAGCAGGCGGGUCGACACAUGGCGCGACGCUACUGGCUGCAGCAGCGGGAGCAGGAUCAAAUCACGGGCCGUUCCCAGGGGGUCCAGUGCAGGGGGGGUAUAUCCUCGUGGGUAGCUCAGCCCAUGGCCCACACAUGGCUCAUGUUGGGGGGUCUUUGCAUGGGGCAGGGGGGUCCAUGCAUGGCGGAGGGUCAAUGCAUGGGGGGAUCAUGGCUGGUGUGCAAGCUGCUGCUGGUAUGGGUAUGAGUGGUCCUGGCAUGGCAGCAGGCAUGCAAGCAGGGGGGUCGCAUCACGGUGGAUAUUUCUUUGCAGGGGGCUCGGGUCAUGGGGCACAUAUGAUGCUGGGUUCACCCCAUGGGGGGGCAUAUGCAGGCCCGGCAGCUGCUGCUGCUGCUGCAGGCAUGGCCGGACCUGGCGGGAGCGGAGGGUCGGGAGGAGGCCUGGGGCCGAACCAAGCCGGCGGGUCGAUGCAUGGGGGAAUGGCGGGAAGCGCAGGGGGGGUGCACGCGGCGAAUAGGACGCCGCCACCUGGCAAGCUGCCGAUUCCUCGGGAUCCGUCUACUUCCAAUCUGAGCCUUGCUUUGAGUCUUAAGAAUGGAGCCGGGACGCAGAGAGCAAGUGGGGCGGUUGCAGGGGGGGAUGACGAGGGCACGACACAUGGCACGAGCCUAUUGGCCAGUCUGCUUCGGAGGAGUGAUGAGGAAAUGGGGUUGGUUGGGGGGACGGUGACAGGGGGAAGGGGAGAGGGGGAUGCGGCGGAGGGGAGGGGCGGUGGGGGACAUGAGGGGGGAGGGGGUGGGGGAGGUGGUGGUGGGGAGGGGGAGAGGGAUGGGCAGUUGGGGAUGAGCCUGGGUGGGCAAGCAGGCGUGGUAGGGGGUGUGGCCGGUGCUGCUGCAGGGGAGCAGUGGUUACAACAACAGCAGCAGCAACAGCAGCAACAGCAGCAGCAGCAGCAGCAACAGCAGCAACAGCAGCAGCAGCCGGAAGCUGCUACUGCUGGUGCCGGUGGUGCGAGAGGGCAGCAGAGGGAAGAGACUCGGGUGCACGGGGGGCGGUCAGCCUUUGUGGCUCUCCGCAGCUACCAGCCAAUUGCAGGGGACCAAUCCAACGACCACCACCACAACCAGCACCAGCAGGGGCAGCAGGGGCAUGGGCAAGCAGCAGGCGGCAGGGAGGGGCGGUCAAAUGGGUUUGAGGAGCGUGAGGGCGCGGCGGGCGGGGUGGGGGGGCGGCUGCGCGGUGGUGCGCCCUGUGCUGCUGAUAUGGCUGCCCUCGGCCAUGCAGGCACGGGGGGAGGCGGGCAGGGUGGAUUCGGGGGUAGAGGGGGUGCUGGUGGUGCUGCCACUGGUGGUGCUCAUGCCCCCACCACAUCGCUACACCUAUGGGAGGCAGACCGCGGUGCUGCCUCUGCCUCUGCUGCAGCAGCAAGCACCGGAGGAGGAGGAGGAGGAGCAGGAGGAGCAGCAGCCGGAAUGGCAGCAGCAGCAGCAGCAGCAGCAGCAGCAGCAGGAGGAGGAGCAGGAGGGACCCAGUCAGUGGUAACGAUCAAAGCUACACUUGGAGGGGAUACAAUUCGGUUCAGAGUGGCGCUGAACUCUUCAACGUUCCAGCAGGUGCAGGAGGAGGUGGCGAGCAGGCUGAGAGUGCCAGUGGGUGCAUUCUCGCUCAAAUAUUUGGACGAGGACGGCGAGUGGGUGGUGCUGGCGGGCCCUCAGGACAUGGACGAGUGUUUGCAUAUAGUUCGAGCUUCGGGGAGCAAUACCAUAAAGCUGAACAUUAAGGCUGAAGCUCAGGGGCGAGGGUGA